GUUGGCUAUCGGUUCACCGAGGAAAACGCAGAGCCGCCUCUGCCAAAGAUUCCUUGCCAUCCUAUUGGGUACGGGGCAGCAGCGAACAUUCUCAGUCGCCUUGGAGGCAUGGAAAUCCCCCCGGGCUCAGCAAUGAGUGGAGGUCUGGCAAUCACAUACAGAACAGGGCCCGAGUUUCUGGAGCCAGCAAUGAAGAUUCAGCUCAACGUUACUACAAGAAAUGAGAGGGCGAAGGUAGAGAAUGUGUUUGGAAUUAUCAAAGGAACGGUAGAGCCAGAUCGUUACAUCCUCAUUGGAAACCACCGCGAUGCGUGGAUUUAUGGUGCCAUCGAUCCAUCCAGUGCUACAGCUGUUAUGAUGGAACUGGCUCGUGUCAUAGGAGACCUUGUCAAGUCGGGAACAUGGAAACCACGCAGAUCGAUUGUAUUUUGCUCAUGGGGCGCUGAAGAAUAUGGCCUAGUUGGAUCCACCGAAUGGGUUGAG